AAGUCAACAGCCUGUAACAUGAUCACGUCAAGUUUCUCCCGUUGUCUUCGGGAACGCCAGAGUCGUGUCAUUCCAUUGUUGCUCGUGUCCCGAAGCCCUAAACUCACACUUCCAAGGCAAAAGCAUGCAGUUUGCACGCUGUCUACAUCCUCUUAUCGGGAUUAUCUUCGUAAUUCCAACAGCGCUGACCAGUUUGCAUGCUUGAGCAACCGUGGGUUUCUCCAGUUAGAUGGUCCAGAUGCAGCAAAGUUUUUGCAAGGUUUGGUAACAAACCAAAUAUCAAAGGUGGAAAGAGGGGGCGACGGUAUUUUUUGCGCUUUUUUGUCAGCACAGGGUAGGAUCUUAUAUGACGCCUUCAUUUACCCCAAAAAUAAGGGCGAUAGUUUCCCUCAUCCAUGCUAUAUCAUUGAGCAUGACGCUCGUCACACUUCGGCCAUGCUGGCGCACCUCAAGCGGUACAAGCUACGUGCAAAGCUCUCGAUAUCUGACGAAAGCGCGAGAUACCGUGCGUAUCAGGUUUGGGGCCCCACGGCGUCACUUCUUUGGGGAAAUUACGUCCCAACAGUUAGUGGCGCGGCAGGGAAGCAUAUGCCCAUUGGGAGCGUGUUGCCCAAAGAGAGAUUCUGUGAUAUGGGUUGCAAGGACCCGCGUCAUCCAGAGCUCGGGUUGAGGGUUGUGGUAGAGGGAGAUGGACUGAUGCCAUUACCGUCUAGUUUUACUGAGACAUCGCUCGAUGAAUACACCGUCAGACGUAUACUAUAUGGGAUACCCGAAGGCGCAGAUGACUUCUUUUCUGGUGUAUCACUUCCCCUAGAAUCAAAUUUAGAUCUUCUGUCUGGAGUGGACUUCCGCAAAGGUUGUUAUUUGGGUCAAGAGCUGACAAUACGGACGUACCAUACCGGUGUAACACGUAAACGCAUUGUACCGGUACAGUUUUACCAGGAUAGUGACAACCCGCCUUCAUCUAUCCAUGUUGAAAGAAGCUUUUCCAACCCUCUUCCUCUUCCCAACACAGAUAUCACAAUCAAUGGGGGACCAGAGCCAGUACGACCUGCUAGGAGGCGCGCUGCAGGUGGGGUAGGGAAGGUUUGCUCGGGGAUAUAUAAUGUUGGAUUGGCUCUGAUGCGUUUGGAGAAUGUGACCAUGAACAUUGAGGGUAAUAAGCCAAGCGAACAUGGAGACGCUCCAGCGAGUUUGGUCUCUGAAACUGGCUUGAAGGUGCGACCUUUUGCCCCAGAUUGGUGGCCGCAAGCAGUCGAGCCUCUCCAUCGCCCUCUCCGGGAUACUACGUCGUCAUAAGCAUAUAGUUGAUAGUGGUUUGAUAGCCUGUGAACAAAUCUGUUAAGACGAUUGACUGCGUCUUGGUGAUUGUAUAUUAUAGUGAUGAUUUACAUGGCAUAAACUCAAAGCAAUAGACCUUGAAUAACUUCAA